AUGAAGAUAAAACAAUACGUCAUAAAAACAUGUUUGGAUGCUAUAAAACGACAUGAAAAACAAAAUGAAACAGAAACAACAAAAAUAAGGACAUUAGAAACAAUUCCAGAAGAAAAAGAAGAGUACAUCAAAGAAACUAAAGCGGAACUGGAUCAAGAACAAUGGCGUAAAGAAUCAACUAAAAAGCAACAAGAUUUUGUUGACUAUAAACAACAAAUGUUACAAC